AUGGGUUCCAGUCAAGUUCCGAUACGUGUUGAUGAACACUGCCUGAUUCCCCUGUCUGAUACGACCGUUCUCUCCGCGCAGAUUUGGCGCCCCGAGGAUUCUAUUGCCAGUCCAGUACCGGCGAUUCUUGAGUAUCUGCCGUAUCGAAAGCGCGAUUACACAGCACCCCGAGAUGCAUCGAACCAUCCCUACGUCGCCGCUCACGGGUAUGCCUGUGUGAGGGUGGACAUGCGCGGAACAGGUGACUCGGAAGGAAUCUUGAGGGGAGAGUACCUCAAGCAGGAGCAGGACGAUGCCCUUGAGGUUUUGCGAUGGAUAGCCGGCCAACCCUGGUGCACCGGGUCCAUUGGAAUGAUCGGGAUCUCCUGGGGUGGCUUCAAUGGCCUCCAGGUAGCCGCCCGUCGGCCUCCCGAGCUCAAAGCCGUCAUCACAAUUUGCUCAACCGACGACCGCUACGCCGAUGACAUCCAUUAUAUGGGCGGCUGCCUCCUUGUUGAAAAUUUCCUGUGGGGUGCCACCAUGUUCAGCAUGAACCCUCUGCCACCAGAUCCAGCCCUCGUCGGGGAGAAAUGGCGAGACCUCUGGUUGGCCCGAUUGGAAGCGGGUGGUCUGUACGUGGUAGACUGGCAUCGUCACCAGCGUCGUGACGAUUUCUGGAAGCACGCUUCUAUCUGCGAAAAUUACGACGAUGUGCAGUGCCCCAUCUAUCUGGUUGGAGGAUGGAUGGAUCCAUACUCAAACACUAUUUUCAGCAACCUCCAAAAUCUCAAAUGCCCUAAGAAAGGGUUGGUCGGACCCUGGGCUCACAAGUAUCCGAAUUUUGCAGAGCCGGGUCCCCAAAUCGGGUUCCUGCAAGAGUCUAUACGCUGGUGGGAUAAGUGGUUGAAGAACGUGGAAACGGGUAUCAUGGAUGAGCCAGAGCUUCGUUGCUAUAUACAAGACACGGUACCACCAAGAACUCAUUACGACUUUCGACCCGGCCGUUGGGUUGCUGAGAGCAGCUGGCCAAGUUCGAAUGUGACCCCACACAGCAUGAGUCUUGCACCAGGGUGUCUGACAACCGGGAUUUCUCCCAGCAGCGAGCGUUUAACCUUUUGCUCGCCACAGACGACGGGAUUCGCCUCUGGCAGGUGGUGCGUCUUCGGUUUGGACGCUGAUGCACCGGCCGACCAGCGGCAAGAGGCUGGAGGGUCUUUGAUCUUCGACAGCCAAGAGUUGACUGAACCCUUGAACCUCCUCGGUGAAGUAUCCCUCCAGCUCAGGAUUGCAAGUGAUAAGCCCAAUGCAGUCCUCGCUGCCGUUCUCUCCGAGAUAUUACCCGACGGCUCGGCCACUCGGAUUUCAUGGGGUCUUCUCAACCUGACGCAUCGCAACAGUCACGCCGACUUGGAGUUGCUCGAACCUGGUCGUUUCUACGAUGUCACCGUCAAGCUGAAUGAGCUAGGCCAGCAAAUCGGCGUAGGAAGCCGCAUCCGACUGGCCUUGUCCACUUCCUACUUCCCAACCAUCUGGCCAGCCCCUGAGGCUACGAAUUUGACGAUAGAUUGCGCUCAUUCCACGCUGAAUCUGCCCUUCCGUGCUGAGAGUCACCUGGAUUCCGUUCUCAAGCCAUUCGAACCCGCGGUCAACGGCACACCCCUCAAGACUCGCAUAAUACGCCCAGCUCGGUCGAGUAACAAAGUCGUGCAGGAUCUGAAUUCGUCAGUCGUCACGAUCCAUCUCGAAGAAGAUGCCGGGCUCUGGGAAAACAAAGAAACUGGCUGGCGCUAUGGAAGUGAACAGAGCGUUAUAUGUUCUGUACAUCCGGACGACCCAUUGUCGGGUCGUGCAGAGCAGCGGUUCCGGAAGGAGUUCGGGCGCGAUGAGCUGGAUCUCGCUGUGGCCGGGUGGGCGAAAAUGUCGGCCACUCGGACAGAUUUCAAGAUGACGGCACAUCUCGAAGCUUGGGAAGGGAAAGAGCAGAUUUUCAACCGGGACUAUUCCUUUGACAUUCCUCGUGACUGUGUCUAG